AUCAAACAGAGUAGACGAGAUUUUCUGCAGAAUUGGAAACUUGAACCUAUUACCACUUCAUCUACCCAGAAAAGCAGGCAGCACUACAGAGGAUAAGGGGGAUAGAACCACUGCGAUAAAAGUGGGCACUGGACAGAAGAUGUUUUGAGAAGUGUAUGUCUGAGAGAAGCUUUUAAGCCGGUAAAGAUGGAAAACGAGACCAUCAGUGAAUUGAACCAAACACAGCUUCAGCCACGAGCAGUGGUGGCUCUAGAAUACCAGGUGGUCACCAUCUUACUUGUGCUCGUAAUCUGUGGUCUGGGCAUCGUGGGCAACAUCAUGGUAGUCCUGGUGGUCAUGAGAACCAAGCACAUGAGGACACCCACAAACUGCUACCUGGUGAGUCUGGCAGUAGCUGAUCUCAUGGUCCUGGUGGCUGCAGGCCUUCCCAACAUCACGGACAGUAUCUAUGGUUCCUGGGUCUACGGCUAUGUUGGAUGCCUGUGCAUUACUUACCUCCAGUACUUGGGAAUUAAUGCAUCUUCUUGUUCAAUAACAGCCUUCACCAUUGAGAGGUACAUAGCAAUCUGUCACCCCAUCAAAGCUCAGUUUCUCUGCACAUUUUCCAGAGCCAAAAAGAUCAUCAUCUUUGUCUGGGGUUUUACAUCCAUUUACUGUAUGCUCUGGUUCUUUUUGCUGGAUCUCAAUAUUAGCACCUACAAAGAUGCUAUCGUGGUGUCCUGUGGCUACAAGAUCUCCAGGAAUUACUAUUCACCGAUUUACCUAAUGGACUUUGGUGUCUUUUAUGUUGUACCAAUGAUCCUGGCCACUGUCCUCUAUGGAUUCAUAGCUCGAAUCCUCUUCUUAAAUCCCAUUCCUUCAGAUCCUAAAGAAAACUCUAAGACAUGGAAAAAUGAGUCAACCCAUCAGAACAAGAAUUUGAAUUUAAAUACUUCUAAUAGAUGUUUCAACAGCACAGUAUCUUCAAGGAAGCAGGUCACCAAGAUGCUGGCGGUGGUUGUAAUUCUGUUUGCCCUAUUAUGGAUGCCCUACAGGACUCUUGUGGUUGUCAACUCAUUUCUCUCCAGCCCUUUCCAAGAAAAUUGGUUCUUGCUCUUUUGCAGAAUUUGCAUUUAUCUCAACAGUGCCAUCAACCCGGUGAUUUACAAUCUCAUGUCCCAGAAGUUCCGUGCAGCCUUCAGAAAGCUCUGCAACUGCAAGCAGAAGCCCACAGAGAAACCUGUUAACUACAGUGUGGCCCUAAACUACAGCGUCAUCAAGGAGUCAGACCAUUUCAGCACGGAGCUUGAUGAUAUCACUGUCACUGACACUUAUUUGUCUGCCGCUAAAGUGUCUUUUGAUGACACCUGUUUGGCUUCUGAGGUAACCUUUAGCCAAAGUUGAUUCGUGAAUUAGAAGAAAAUGGACCACAAAGUAAAUGAGAGUCUGUACAGUUAUCAACAAAGAGAAGAAACGGCUAAGGCUUGUAUGUGAAGACAGAUAAAAAUCUUCGCCAAGGCUCUAACAAGUCCUGGCCCUAGAUAUUUUAAUCCAUGAGAAUAAUUCAGAUUUUCCUUCUUAUAAAAUCAG